AUGCUCAAAGCAGCGGCAGGCUGUCCAGGUGUAGUUCGACCCUUUGGGCUCUUCCACAUGGCCAUGCAACCCCUGAGGCAGAUCUUGGGCUUCCCAGAGUUGCCCCAUGCAGUGCCUGGAGAGGCUACGCUGGAUUCCUACGGUCCCGGUGAAUCUGAGUCCGAUGGCACAGAACCAACACCACGCAUCUGUGUAUUAUUUAUGGAAAAAUGUGACUAUUCUUUGCAGGACUUUGAUCUCGUUCGCUAUACAGAACCUGAAGCCGCUUUUGUUUGCCGCUCCGUGCUGGCAGCUCUAUCCCAUCUCCAUGCUCUUCGGAUCGUGCACAGAGACAUCAAACCGGGCAACAUUCUGGCUGGGAAUGGCGGCGAGAGGAUCUUAUUAGGAGACUUCGGAUUGGCAACUUUCUUAAAACCCGAUGGAGAGAUAUUGCCAAGCAAUGGCGGUGGGACACACGGUUUUUUGGCGCCAGAGUGCUUGGAGAAGAAUGUUGUUUGCAAAGAAUCCGAUUUGUUUGCCUUGGGAGCUGUCUUGUACCAGCUGCUCUUCCGGGUGUACGCUUUCAUUAAAGAAAACCCCAUAGAGACGGACAUCGCCACACUCCUUGGUGAGCUGCCCCUCAUUCCGUGCGGAAGGGCUGUGGGCAAGUCGGAUCAGGCUUGUCACUUGAUUCGUUUGCUUUUGGAACGUUCAGCCUCAGAUCGUCCGACGGCCGCAGAUGCUCUGGAACAUCAAUGGUUUGGAGAGGUUGAUGCGCAGGAAACCUUGAAGACCUUCCUCGCCGAGCAGCAUAGAAGAGACUUGGUGGACCUGGACUCAUGCCCUGUGGUUCAUCAAAAUGCCAUGAGGCAAUCCGAGCAAGAUGCCUUCAAGGUCGAGAGCGCACAAGCUGAGAGCGCACGGAGCUUUCUCCAUCGUGCCACCGGUGUUUGGCGUGGAGCACCGCUGACACGGUUUCGGCUGUCCCUGGAGCGCAUCCUGUCAAGGUCUGACAGGAAGCCCAGCAAGAAGUCUAAACCCGAAAGGAAGUCCGAAAAGAAGUCCGAAAAGUUUAGGAUGAAAGCGGUGCGUGAGUUCGAGAGUAUCGUCGUGCUCGUCCCGUUGCGACCGUUGCAAAUUCAACUGGUCCCGGCAGUGGAAAGCAUAGGCUCCAGAGAGGCGGAGAUUUCAGACUUGCAACAGCAGGUCAAAGGCCUCGGAGACACGGUGGGAAAGACUGCGGAGAUGCUUCAGCGCAAUGAGAGUCUAAGCGAGGUCUCCAAGCUGAAAGAUGCGUUGGACGCCGUCAAGCGGCGACAAGAAGAGUUCAAUUUGCAGAUUGAGGCAACGCAGAGGAAGCAACUCAAUGCAAUUAGAGAAGACUUGCGUGUGGUCCAAGCAAGCCAGGAGGCCUCCGCCAAGCGGCAGGCGCAGAUCAAAGAGGGCACGCAGUCCUUGGAGAAGGAGCAGCUGCAAUUGGCUUCGAAGCUGCGACAAUUGGAGGGGGGAAGGAUAAAGCAGCUUGGCCAAGACAUGCAGGUUGUGAAAGAGGCGAUUUUGCACGUGCAGCAGGAGUUGAAGAAGGAGGUGGUAAUUCCAGAGCACGUGCUAAAGGAUCUGGACGCAAAGAACGAGUCUCGCCUGGAAGCCGUUUGGACAGAGCUGCAGCGGCAUGCGGAGGCAGCAGCCACUCGAGCAGAUCGCUUAGAGCAAAGUCUCACUCAACGCGUCGUCCACUUGGAGCAGGCUACUACUAUCCUUGUCAAGGCAGAGGAACACACAAGAAACUUGGAGCAAGACAUGCAGAAGCAGUCUGAGUGGUUCGCUUGGCGGAUUGCGUGGCUGGAGUGGGCCACGACUGGGGAAAAGCGAAGCUUUGCCAGAGCAUUGCUGCCGCCUCCAUCGACUCCAGCAGCGACAUGCUUCAAGCAACCCCUUACAGAGGACUCUGAGCUCUGGGCCCAAGAAAAGACUGGACGACAGCGAUUACGUCGGGCACCUCUCAACAACAUGCCAAAUGUGGGUGCUGCAAAUGAGAGGUCACUGGCUGUGUCAAGUCCCAGUAUGUCUAUCUCAUCUUCGGCACCUGACUUGCAAAUCUCACCCGCGAGAGGGCAAAGUGCCACGCGACUGCCAGAGAUCCGAUGA